GAAGACGAUGGCUGCUGAUUUGGAUUCGUUUUUUAUUAAUCCUGAUAUCCAUCAUCGAAUUUUGCUGGGCCAUUUUUCUCGCCAAAGCGUUUCGUCCAAGGAAUUGAAGCGAUUGAACAAGCUCCCCAUGGCCGAUUCAACAAAGGCUAUUCUUUCACAUGCAUCCAAUGUAAAAGAUGGAGUAUGUAAGACGCCCAAGUGCAAGGAAACAUUGUGUAAAUUACCACCAAUGAAAGAGAAUAAAGGUAUCGCGUGUAGGGCCAACGUCCCCAAAUGGACUUUCAACUUCACAUCCGGCACCUGUGAGAGUUACACGUACGGCGGUUGUGGGGGAUCAAAGAAUCUGUUCGACACGGAAAUUAUGUGCCGGAUGACGUGCAGUUUGAUCAAGAAUGGAGACAUACAUUUUAUAAAUACAGCAGCCAUCGAGCAGGAAACCAUCCAUCUAGCGAAUGGUUUGGGCACAAUCUUCGUCAUCGACCGUGUGCUUUGCGAGCUUACAGGAAAGGUCAACGUCAGUCUUCUAAAACCUUUUGGAGCAAAGAGUUUUCAAACCACCUCAGUUGAUGAAUCAAAAAUAGUUGAUCCCAAUACGAAUCCCACGACCCCGUUGCCAGGUGGAUACAAUGUAUUGGAGAAGAAUGACGAGGAUGUUGAGGAGAUGGCCCAGUUUGCCACCAACGUCAUAUCAACUGAACUUGCACGCUGCGAUCUGAUUGCAGUCGUGAAAGCAGAGUCACAAGUCGUAGCCGGCACAAACUUUAAGCUGAUUCUGAAAUUGGCACCAAUCAACACCCGAGCCGUUGACGAGAAAUUCAUUUGCGAAGUCGUCGUCUUCGACCAGCCGUGGACCAAGACCAGAAACGUCACCUCCUUUAAGUGCACCUCCAACGAAUUUAACAUUGUCACGGAAAUUUUGUCAACUAUCGAGGAACGCGAGGAAUUGUCACCGGUCGUCCGUUACCUCAACGCUUGUAGACAAGACCAGGACUUUUUGAUGGAGUUGCCUUUUGUCAGUUAUGAUGGAAAAUCAUUGAAAUGGCUGAGUUAUACCUUCUUCGCCCCCACAUGGUCGGCCUUUACGUCUCAAAUGCCACAAGAUGCAGCCGAUCCGCUGAUUGUUGACGCUGAUUUCCGACGUAAAGUCCUUCUUCGUCAUCUCGUUCACCAACACCUGACGCCGAUGGAUAUCGCUCACGCAGACAAGCUCAUCAUGGCGGACUUUAAACAGGCAAAUGUAACCCACACAGCUCAAAGCAACAAUACCCUGAAGAAAGUGAACGACAUCUGUAACCUACCAGCGAUGCUGAAGCCUAGAGAUACUAUUGAAAUUGAAUGCAGAGGCUACAUCGAAUGGUGGACGUUCAACUCCCAUACCAACGAUUGUGAAAUGUACAUUUACGGUGGUUGUGGUGGAUCCGAGAAUCUUUUCAACACCUACAUGGCCUGUGAAGCCGCUUGCGGUGAAUUCAGUAGAAAAACGCACAUGAUAAACGGUGCCGAAAUCCAAACAGGUAUGAUUGAACAAGGUUUUGGCGUCGUCUUUAUUAUCGACCGCGUAUUCAUGACCAGUGGUGAAGUCAGCGCUGUUCUCAACAAACAUCCAAACACCGACCCUGGUAUCUAUGGUUCACCCGAUCCGUAUAUUCAGUCAUCGACAAGUAAACAUGAUGAACCCGAUGGAACCAAAGAACCUGAAGAAACUGAAGAGCCUCUUGAAGAAACUGAAGAGCCUCUUGAAGAAACUGAAGAGACUCUUGAAGAAACUGAAGAGCCUCUUGAAGAAACUGAAGAGCCUCUUGAAGAAACUGAAGAACCCCUUGAAGAACCUGUUGAAGUCACUGGAGCUACAGGAGCUACAGGAGCUACAGAAGCUACAGAAGCUACAGAAGCCACAGAAGCCACAGAAGCCACAGAAGCCACAGAAGCCACAGAAGCCACAGAAGUCAUAAAAACCAGUGAAGCAGAAAAAGCCGAUGAAGCCGAAGACGGAAAGAAAACAGAAGAAGCGGAAGAAGCCCAAAGAGCCGAUGAAGUCUUAGAUGAUUACACUCCAGCACCAGUCGACGACGUCGCAGUUCAGAAAAUGGCCUCGUUCGCUACCAAAGUGUUGAGUCAGCGAAACAACGCAAUGUCUCCGUUGGUCAUGACCAGCGUUCUCUCGGCUGAGAAACAAAUCGCUGCCGGCAUCAAAUAUCGGCUUCGUUUAGAAUUCAAGGGUGGAUCGAAAGAGAAAUUGAUGUACUGCACCGUGGUGGUAGUCUUUGACGAAGCUCUUGCAGAGGGAAGUUUGCCUAAAUUGAACGAGUCUGAUUGUGUAGAUUGGGAAUAGACUCAAGGAUGUAAAUUGAAAAGCAAGGAAACGGAAGAUCAACGUCAAGAAUUUUUUUAAACCUUUUUUUAAAAUUUAGUUUUAACUUUUUGACAAUUUCUAUCGCACUCUUGUGUGUAGUCUGGUAAAUUUGGUCACGUCUUUCUCACCUUUCUUGUAAUCUUUCUACCAUGGCAAUGAUAAAACAAAUUUCAAAACUA